GGUAGAGAGAGAGAAACUGGGGGCGUCUGGGGCCGCUGGCUGCCGGGGCGAAUGGCGCAGGAUUGGGCCGGCUUCUCGGAGGAGGAGCUGAGGCGGCUUAGGCAGAGCAAAGAUUCCUCUGGACCUCCGCGGCGCUUCCCCACAAAGAAGAGCCGGCAACAGCUUCAGCGAGAAAGGGCCCUUAGAGAACAGAGCCAGGGGCUUGGCCUCUGCCAUGGAGACUCUACAGUCCUGCCGAGACUCAGCUACCAGCACUCCUGGCCUUCCCCCUCAGCUCUUCCAGACACCGCCAUGCUCCCCUCUGGUACUGGGGAUGAGAAACCCAGGCAGCAUCAACUCCGGGAUCCAGGCCCUCAGAAUUCCUGUGAAGGUCCCACAAAUGAUGAGGUUUGCCCACCACAGCCAGACUGCAAAUCGGAGACAAAGAAAGUGGAAUUACAAGAAAAAUCUCGAUGGGAAGUCCUCCACCAAGAACAGCGGCUGAUGGAAGAGAAAAAUAAACGUAAGAAAGCUCUUUUGGCUAAAGCUAUUGCAGAAAGGUCUGAGAGAACUCAGGCAGAGACCUUGAAGCUGAAGCGGAUCCAGAAGGAGCUGCAAGCCUUGGAUGAUAUGGUGUCGGCUGACAUUGGGAUCCUCAGGAACCGUAUCGAUCAGGCCAGCCUCGACUACUCGCAUGCUCGUGGAAAGAAUGGGACCACCACUUGCCCAUAUCCCUACAGGAAGCGCUUUGACCGGGCAGAAGCAGAAUAUGUGGCUGCAAAGCUUGACCUACAGCGCAAGACAGAGACCAAGGAGCAGCUGACAGAGCAUUUGUGCACCAUCAUUCAGCAGAACGAGCUCCGCAAAGCCAAGAAGCUGGAGGAGCUGAUGCUGCAACUAGAGGUGCAAGCCGAUGAGACACUGGACGACCCACUGCAGACCAUGGAUGGGGAAGUGGGGGCACAAUUGUGCCCCAAUAGGCCUGCACCAUCCUCCAUGGGGAGUGAGGCUUUGGUUGAGACCAGGGAACUGCAGGCCCAGGGAGACGAACAGGGCAAGGGCCCCCAUAGCGUUUCCCUGGCCCACUGCGAGCACCCACAGACAGCGGCAGGAGCCCUCUAAGCUGCUCUGUUCACAUGUUGUGCCCACCGGGCAUCAUGCUGUGUCCUUUGCUCAAGGCCUCUUCCAAACCGAACCUGCCUGUGUCUAUGACUAGCUCUAGUUUGAUCAUCCCAAAGCCACGUGUUGUGAUCAUUUGACCUAGAGAGUCAUGGCUCCCUGGGACUGAACCAUCCCUCCAUUGUCUUCCUGCUGCUGGGUGAAAAUCAGCUACAUAGAGGGAUGAUUGAGAAGAGGAUUGGGUAGAGCAUCUGAGUCCGGUAAAUCCUCUUCAUAAUCUCAUUUACCCUCUCCAGAUAAAACUCAUUUACUCUCUCUAGGACAAGCCUUGAGAACAAGUGUGUUAUUUUAUGUAGCAGGUACAAAAGGCAAAAAUGAAGGUGAUAAAGAGAACUAGAACGAAGCAAGACAGUGAGCUGAAUGCAUGGCCUGUUUGGAUUUUUCUUGAGCUGCAUGACAGAACUGGAAAUUAGAGUUUUAUUAGGAAUACGACAUUGUGAUUCAGUAUUACAUCUUUCUUACUGACCACAGCAGCAGUACUUGAAGCUCUGGUGUCAGGGCACUUUGGCAGUGCUCAGGGGAUAUGCCAAGGGUUGAACCCAGGAAUCCUAUGGCACAGUGUGUUCCAGUCUUUUGUGCCAUUUCUCGGGCCCUGUAACAUCACUUUUUCUUUUUAUCUGUCUUUGACUUUGGUUUACUGCCCCAGUUUUGGUUCUUGUUCUUUGUCUCUCUUUCUCUCUCAUUCUCUCUAAGUGUUUGUGUACUUGACACACCCUAUAUAUAGGAUUUCCCAUUGAUGCCUUUGGAGCAUUGAUUGCACAAUAAAAAACAUUUCCAUGAUAAGGCUCUAAGUGAUGUUGCAAGUGUUCUUGCCACUUUUUAUUAAAGAUUUGUCACAUUUUCCUCUAAA